CGGCGCAUGCGCGGCGCGGGGGGAGCGGCCGGACUGUCCGGUGGCUGAGAGCCGACUGAAGGCAGCGGAGAGCGCCGGGAUCCGGUGCCGGGGGCUGAGAGCGGCGCGGGCCCACCGAGCCCCGAGCCAGCCCGCGCCGCUGCCGCAGAGACCCGGGGGCUACGGCCAAGAUGACCGUGCCGAAUGUGCUGGCCAAGGCCCUCUAUGACAACGUAGCUGAAUCCCCGGAUGAGCUCUCCUUCCGAAAGGGUGACAUCAUGACGGUGCUGGAGCGGGACACACAGGGCCUGGAUGGCUGGUGGCUCUGCUCACUGCAUGGACGCCAGGGCAUUGUCCCUGGUAACCGCCUCAAGAUCCUGGUCGGCAUGUAUGACAAGAAGCCAGCAGGGCCUGGACCAGGCCCACCUGCCACUCCACCCCAGCCGCAGCCCAACCUCCCUCAGGGUGUCCAUACCCCAGUACCCCCAGCUUCCCAGUACAGUCCCAUGCUCCCCACUGCAUACCAGCCCCAGCCUGACAGUGUGUACCUGGUACCCACUCCCAGCAAGACUCAGCAAAGUCUCUACCAAGCCCCUGGGCCCAACCCACAGUUCCAGUCACCCCCAGCCAAACAGACAUCCACAUUCUCAAAGCAGACACCUCACCACUCAUUUCCCAGCCCAGCCACAGACCUUUACCAGGUGCCUCCAGGGCCUGGAAGUCCAGCCCAGGACAUCUACCAGGUGCCACCUUCUGCUGGCAUAGGGCAUGAUAUCUACCAAGUCCCUCCAUCUAUGGACAACCGCAGCUGGGAGGGAACGAAGCCCCCGGCAAAGGUGGUGGUACCUACUCGAGUGGGACAGGGCUACGUAUAUGAGGCUUCCCAGACAGAGCAGGACGAGUAUGACACCCCACGCCACCUGCUAGCUCCAGGUCCUCAGGACAUCUAUGAUGUGCCUCCUGUUCGAGGACUGCUUCCCAGCCAGUAUGGCCAGGAGGUAUAUGACACACCUCCCAUGGCAGUAAAGGGCCCCAAUGGCAGAGACCCAUUGUUGGAUGUGUAUGAUGUGCCUCCGAGUGUGGAGAAAAGCCUGCCACCAUCCAGUCAUCAUUCGGUGUAUGAUGUUCCUCCUUCCGUGAGCAAGGAUGUGCCCGAUGGGCCACUGCGAGAGGAGACAUACGAUGUACCUCCUGCCUUCGCCAAGCCCAAGCCCUUUGACCCAACUCGGCACCCGCUGAUCCUCGCUGCACCUCCUCCAGACUCCCCACCAGCUGAGGAUGUGUAUGAUGUGCCACCCCCUGCUCCUGACCUCUAUGAUGUGCCGCCUGGUUUGAGGCGGCCUGGCCCUGGAACAUUAUACGAUGUACCUCGUGAGCGGGUGCUCCCUUCUGAGGUGGCUGAUGGGAGUGUAAUUGAUGAUGGGGUGUAUGCUGUGCCCCCACCAACGGAACGAGAGGCCCCAGCAGAUGGCAAGCGUCUGUCGGCCUCUAGCACAGGCAGCACACGCAGCAGCCAAUCGGCAUCUUCCUUGGAGGUAAUGGUGCCAGGCCGAGAGCCCCUGGAGCUGGAGGUUGCUGUGGAGUCCCUGGCUCGCCUGCAGCAAGGUGUGAGCACCACCGUAGCCCACCUUCUGGACCUGGUGGGCAGUGCCAAUGGGCCUGGGGGCUGGCGUAGCACCUCUGAGCCUCAGGAACCUCCCGUGCAGGACCUGAAAGCCGCAGUGGCUGCAGUUCAUGGGGCAGUACAUGAGCUCCUGGAAUUUGCCCGCAGUGCUGUAAGCAAUGCCACUCACACUUCUGACCGCACCUUGCAUGCCAAGCUUAGCCGGCAGCUACAGAAGAUGGAGGAUGUGUACCAGACGCUGGUGGUCCAUGGUCAGGUGCUUGACAGUGGCCGGGGAAGCCCAGGAUUCACCCUUGAAGACCUGGACCGCCUGGUGGCCUGCUCACGGGCCGUGCCCGAGGAUGCCAAGCAGCUAGCCUCCUUUUUGCAUGGCAAUGCCUCGCUGCUCUUCAGACGGACCAAAGCCCCUGGCCCAGGGCCUGAGGGAGGCAGCUCCCUGCACCCCAACCCCACUGAUAAAGCCAGCAGCAUCCAGUCACGCCCUCUUCCUUCACCCCCUAAGUUCACCUCCCAGGACUCUCCAGAUGGGCAGUAUGAGAACAGUGAAGGGGGCUGGAUGGAGGAUUAUGACUAUGUCCACCUGCAGGGGAAGGAGGAGUUUGAGAAGACCCAGAAGGAGCUGCUAGAAAAGGGCAACAUAAUGCGGCAGGGAAAAGGCCAGCUGGAGCUGCAGCAGCUGAAACAGUUUGAGCGACUGGAGCAGGAGGUGUCUCGUCCCAUAGACCAUGACCUGGCCAACUGGACAGCAGCCCAGCCCCUGGUGCCAGGGCGGACAGGGGGCCUGGGGCCGUCGGAUCGACAGCUGCUGCUCUUCUACUUGGAGCAGUGCGAGGCCAACCUGACCACACUGACAGAUGCAGUGGACGCCUUCUUCACUGCAGUGGCCACCAAUCAGCCCCCCAAGAUCUUUGUGGCACACAGCAAGUUUGUCAUCCUCAGCGCACAUAAGCUGGUGUUCAUUGGGGACACGCUGUCACGGCAGGCAAAGGCAGCUGAUGUGCGGAGCCAGGUGACCCACUACAGCAACCUGCUGUGUGACCUCCUGCGUGGCAUUGUGGCCACCACCAAGGCCGCUGCCUUGCAGUAUCCAUCACCCUCUGCUGCCCAGGACAUGGUAGACAGGGUCAAGGAGCUGGGCCACAGCACACAGCAGUUCCGCCGGGUCCUGGGCCAGCUGGCCGCUGCCUGAGAGCAGAGCAGGGUGUGGGGGCUGGGGAGUGGGCAGCCGUGGUCUGACUCUCCAAGCAUCUGUCUUAAAAGUGGAUAUCCUGCAGGUUUGGGGACAGGUAACCCCAGCUCUGCCUUGGGCCUGGUGCCCUCAACUGUCCAGGGAUUUGUACAUAUUUAUAACAAGGCAGGAUGGAAUGCCUCCUCAGAGGAGCUGAGGAGCUGGAUGGGAGUGCACUGUGGACUGCUGAUCACCAGGCACAUGCCCCCCUACCCACAGGGGUCCCCGUGACAGGCAAGUACAGUGUGGUGUGCACCUCUGCACCAAGAAAAAAACCCUAAAGAACUAUUUUUCGCUAUUGGUUUUUCAAAUCAUUUGACUAAUAGUCUACAUUUAAUAAAAUCUUAAAAAUGAGAAGCCGCCUGCAAAGAUGCUUGAGACCGCCUCGCUGUGGGGAGGUGGACGUACCCUUGAACCCCCAAAGUGACAUGGUGAAGAAUAUUCUGGGAGGGUUAAAAUAAUGUUGGGCCCAGGGGCCUGGGGGAAGGCAGGAGGGCUGGGGUAGAUAAGGUGGCAGUGUCUUUGUGCCAAGUGGAACGUGUUCUAGACUCAGGGCUUGAGGCCCAGAGCAGUAAGGUACUUGCUGGGUCUUCUGUACCCCAAGGAGAAAGCUCACAAGCAGAGGCACUGCACAGAACAGCCUCACAGAACUCGUCUCGGGCACCCUUGAAUUCUUCUUGAAUUAAACAAGGACUUGGCCUUCAAGCUAAGAAGACAAAGGCCCAGAACAGGCCUUGUCCCAGGUGGCUGCUCUCUGGACUUUCAGGAGCUUCUGGCCCAGAGAGAAGACAAGAGCAUGUGUUUGCACUCUGGUGGUAGUCUCAGCUUUGACCAUUGUGAAUGUGGGCCUCAGUUUCCCUGUCUCUAUAUAAAGAAGGGUUAGUACUAGAUGAUCCGCCACCAAGGAACCCCAUUGAGGGCACAUAGCGUCCUACGCCAUAGUCACCCGGGAGAGCAAAAGUGGAGAGGCAAGGGUAGGUACUUGCUGUUUUUAUUUGGAUUUUACUUGGAUGCGGGGAUGGGAGGGGUUCAGCUUCUAGAACCUUCCAAACCUGGACCUAACAGGCCAGAAGACAGUAGGGUGCCGCCUUAGAGCACGAUGCCCACUAGGGGCCUAUCGGAGUAGCCUGCAUAGAGGGUACAGGACUUGUUUCCAAAGCUUGUGUGUGCCUCAACAUAGGAGUUGGGGGUGUGGGUGCAGCUUGUAUUACUCAUUGCUGAGGUCUCAGUUCAUUGGUAACUCAUCUCUUUUAACAUUUUCCCUCUGUGAUCAGGGCACACCCAGCACCCCCCUGCCCCCAGCACCCUGAGCAGAGGCUCCCAGGCUUGUUGGCAGCAGCCCAGUCUGCACUGAUAAGGACUGAGGUUCAGUAGAGGAAGCCAGCAUAUCUGGGAGCUGGGGAGUGCCCAAGGUCUCAGCAGGGACCUGAGUGGAGUGGAGAGAACACCCUAUCCGUGUUUGUACAGACUCACGUUGGUGAUCUCACUCCACAGAACUUGAAGGCAGGUAUUGGACACAAAGGGCAGAGCCAGCUGAUGCUCCUUGUGUGAGGUCUUGGCCUCAGAGGCAGGGAGGUUUGGGGUCACAGACUCUUACCCUCCCGGCUCACCAAAAACAGCUGUGAGUCCUUAAAAACAUCUGUGCAACGGCUGUGUCAGGUUCUGUCCUAGGCAAGGGCUGGCCUCAAGCAGAGCUGUCACUGGUUUGGCCCUCUGGGGUACAUGGGUAGAUGUCCCUAAGAGGGAUAGAGGGGGACCUACCGUCUUCAGUGGUGUUUACUUUCUGGAAGCUCCUGUUAGUGAUGUGAGGCAGGAUCCAUGGUGAGUUGAAGCCUGGACGGCACAACUUCAGAUUCUGUAGAACAGAGUCAGGCUUGCUUGUGCUAACAGGAAGGUGUACAGGGACCAGACUCUGGGACCACCCAGCCAGAAGACUCCCAGCUAAGGGCUGGGUGGCGCUGAUACACUUCUUUAAUCAGAGCGAUUUGAAUUCAAGGGCAACCUGGUCUACAGAGUGAGAUCCAAGUCAGCUAGUGUGUUACACAGAGAAACCCUGUCUCAACAAAACAAAGAUUCCCAGCUGAGACCGUAGGACAGCACAGCCCCACCCUUCAAGAGCUAAUGACCUGCCCCCAGGGGCCCGCGGGCCAUACUGCAGGUUUCCUGUGUGACCGCCACCUGUGCUUCUCUUCAGGGCCCUGUUGUUAGCUGUCUCUAUUGGUAUUUGAUAGGUUUUGUGAUUUUUAUUUAUUUGUAGGGUGGAGAGGUGGGGUAGCCCACGGUGGCCCUAAGCUCCAGCCUCCAGCUUUUGAGUGCUGGGAUUACAGGUGCACAGGUUUGAAGCUGUGCACCAUGUCCAGAUUUUGAUGGAUGUCUUCUAAGAUUGAUUUUAUGGGACUGGAGAGAUGGCUCAGGUUAAGAGCACUGCCUGCUCUUCCAAAGGUUGUGAAUUCAAAUCCCCAGUUGGUGGCUCACAACCAUCUGUAAUGAGAUCUGGUGCCCUCUUCUGGC